AUGCAGUCCGCCACACAGCUAUAUUCUCCUCAUCGUGCACUGAACUGUAACACCACUAUGGUCGAGGCGAUCACACCGGACUCAGUCACUGAUGGUGUAUCGACCGAGGAGUUAGACGAGAAUCUGUGCAACGCUGUGAGUCCAGGAUUGUCGGACGAACUCGUCGAUCACGGUUUGGGUCGGUUGGAGAAUCAGUUGAAUCCGGCAAUGUUGGUUGUUACAUCCUCGGGAUAUUCACCUCCACCUGCGAACUUUUCCCCGAGUACAGCAAAAAAUGGCGAGAAAAAAUGGAAUUUAGUUAAAGUGCAUGUUGGAUUUGAUGUCACUCGUAAAGGUGAGCGUAGUCUGGUUAUUGAUGGCUAUAAGUUCACCAAAUCCCGCGAUGGUAUGGGUGAUCGUGUGUUUUGGCGAUGCUCGCGUCGUGAAUGUAAGGCUACGGCGGUUACCGUCUCCGACCGGGUGGAACACAUCCGAGCGGUACAUACGCAUCAACCCCCGGUGGCUGCGGAAUUUUUCGCUGAGAACACGGUACGCUGUGAACAAGAAGUACGGUUCAACAAUACGGCUUCCUAUCCUCGAUCACGAGUACGUCGACGAAGUCAACCCAAUCAGACGGAACAUUCUCAACCGCAGAAGCUCAGUGCGACAUGCGUCCCCAUCAGAGACGAUGUGCACCCUAAUUCCACAAGCACUCACAAUGCACUGCGUUCUGAAAGCCAUUAUGAAAUUGCUCAUCCCAAAGGAUUUGAACAAGUUUCUCCAGGACAGGCAAUUAGCCAAUCUUCCACUGCCUCGAUCAACGGAUUUGCUGCUCAAACUCUAACUGCCCUGAUAACCCACUUGGUCGAAACGAAUCCGACCACAAAAUCCUUUCGUCCGUCCACGUCAGUGAGUCAACCGAACGUUGUGGCAUGUACCAAUGGCCCAGUCCUAAAGACCGAUUGUCUGGACUCCUGGUGUGGAACUAACCACACCGAUUCAGUGACUUAUGUUAACGGACACACCCACCCCCCGAUUACCAAGACCCCUGAAUGCAAGACUGUUCCUACCAGACACUCCGGUCCAUCCGGUUUGGAACAGCUGGCUGCGAUUGCGACUUCAUUUGCCAAUAGUGGUACUACUGUAUCUUGCGGUUCAAACAACCUUGGGGAACUGAAUCCGAAGACCAGUGGAUCGCUGUCUCAUACGGCACCUAUCUCACCCGUUUCGGAUCCAUCAUUAUCCAGUACUGAGUCGGGAGCUGCAGACAACAUCCACUUGUCGACAGGUCAAAUGAAAUGCGUUACCGCGGCGAAUGUGAUUGCUCCUGGGACUGUCGGCUUCAUCGGGAAGAACUCACAAGGCCAGUUGGUUGUGUUGAGCGGGGAACAAUUGUCAGAAUUGUUACGGGUUCAACAAUCCCAAAAGGUUUCCUGUUCACUUGAAGUUACCGGGCACGAGCAAACCGUAACCAAUGAAACAACAAUUAUCACCCAUUCCGAGCGACAACUACCGAAGCACUCAACUCACUCACCUCCGACAUUACAACCGGAAUACCAUGCUAAUUCAUCUCGUCAUUGGGACCAAUCAGACAUGCCCGGUUCUUCGUCCAUCGGUACCACCAAUCAGGGCAUUGAGCACUGGAACUCAUCCACUGAAUCAAUAACGUCUUCGGAUUCACGCGGAAUUCUGUCCCGUCUGGAUGAUUUACCGAAAUCCCUUUCCUGUUUUGUAUCUUUAUCUGACAAAUCACCUGAUGCGAGUCGGGUUCACGGUCCGCCUGGUUUGCUAGUUCAUUGGAAGAAAGAAAAAAUGCGGGAGUCCGUAGAAGAAGACGGUGCUUAUCCGGAAACCAUGGAUGACGAUCAUUCUGAUCUUGUCCAACUGUCAGAAACUCCCCUUUCUUUCACGACUCGUCCGGAUUCCUGUAUAAAUAGAGGAAAACGACAAUCAGGCAUAGGAUUGCUAACAGAAGGUCCCGUGUCCAAAAUGCCCUGCUGUUGCGAAGAUGUCACGUCGCGACUAGCUUCCAACACAGUCACCACAGUGAAUAGUAACCAAGUCAACCAAGCUCAUUUGUCAACCCAGGCUACAGAAAUGUACCAUGUUGGCCCUCUAGACACGCCUUCCCGUCAGACGCAGCAAUCGCUCACAGUCUCCGUUGGCCUAGAUGAGGAGGAUACCUUAUGCAACCAAAUACAAGAUGGAGUGUUGGUUAAAGUGCUAAACACUGUACAACAACUGACCGCCAAACUGGAUGCUGAUGCGGACCCACCCGAAGUAAUACAGAAUUGCCGUGCUAUCCAAGCCUGUCUUGACACCAUAGCCGCCAUCAAGCGAGUCCGUUCGGCCAGUGGCACUUGUUCGCCGAAGACCGGAUUUGAUACCUCAGUGAAACCUGUCUGUCCGACGACUAAUGUGUUUUCAGAAUCCUCAUUAUUAUCCGUUCACACAACUGCACAGAAUCGAGUUAUAGUUCCAGGUGCAGGAUGCCAGAACUCCUCAGUGCGACAUUAUAUGGACGUGCUUCCAGUUUAG